AGAAGCAGGAGGCUCUUGGUCGGAGCAGCAGCAGCACCACCACCACCACCAGCAGCAGCAGCAGCAGCAGACCGACCCCAACCAGCAGCAACUUUAUUCUACAACAUCAGCGGAGUCCUGAAGGAAUCGCUCACCCUGAGCUAUCACCAACAUGUCGGAUCAAGGUGCCACCCCGACUCCUUCUCCUGCUCCCCCUGCUCCCACCGGACCUCGUCCCAAGAUGACAAACCGUGGUCGCAGCACAGUCCCAAUCGACAGCUCCAACUCAAGCUCAACGGACGUCCCUGAGGUUGAGUACUUUGGUGUACCAGGCCCGAGAGGAUUUCCGCCUCUGACUGAGUAUCUGGACAUCUGGGACGUGGACAUGAUGAAGAGGCCGGAUGAAAGCAACAAGAUAAGUCACCACACCAUGCUGUUUAACUCCGACUAUCUCGUUGUCCGCCGAGGGCAAGAGUUCCAGGUCAAGAUCACUUUCAAUCGUCCCUACAAACCUGCCGAGGACAAGUUCGCUGUGGAGUUUAUCAUCGGUUCCAGCCCUCAGUACAGCAAGGGCACCUACAUCCCUGUGUUCCCCACAAAGGAGCGUCAGAGCACCUGGGAAGGCCGCAUCACUAAGACCUCUGAAAACAUGGUCACCAUGGCCAUCACCCCAGAUGCAAACUGCAUUGUGGGCAAGUACCACAUGUACGUCGCCGUGCUGACGCCUCACGGCAUCCGCAGGACCAGGCGGGACAACAGCAGAGACCUCUACAUCCUCUUCAAUCCCUGGGCGGCAGCUGAUGCUGUGUUUCUGGAUGAUGAGAAAGAGAGGCAGGAGUGUGUGAUGACCGAGAUGGGGAUCAUCUAUCAUGGCGCCUUUGACGACGUCGCUGAGAGAGACUGGAACUAUGGACAGUUUAACUAUGGAGUCCUGGAUGCCUGUCUGUACAUCAUGGACAGAUGUGAGAUGCCCAUCACCAACAGAGGAGACCCCAUCAAGGUGACCAGAAAGGCAUCUGCUAUGCUGAACUCUCGUGACGACGAGGGCGUGUUGGUGGGGAACUGGAGCGGUGACUACACCUACGGAGUGGCGCCCACUUCCUGGACCGGCAGCACAGACAUCCUGCUCAGCUACGCCAGCAGCAAGCUGCCCGUCUGCUACGCUCAGUGCUGGGUCUACGCCGCUGUCUUCAACACCUUCCUGCGCUGUCUGGGCAUCCCAUCCCGGGUCGUCACCAACUUCUACUCCGCUCACGACAACGACGGAAACCUGAAGACUGACAUAAUCUUGGAUGAGAAUGGCAGGAUUGACCGAAACCGCACCAGGGACUCUAUCUGGAACUAUCACUGCUGGAAUGAGUGCUACAUGUCCAGACCUGACCUCCCUCCUGGUUUUGGAGGCUGGCAGGUUGUGGAUGCAACACCACAGGAGACGAGUGAUGGAAUGUACAGAUGUGGACCUGCAUCAGUCCAGGCCAUCAAACAUGGACAGAUUUGCUUCCCAUUUGAUGCUGCCUUUGUGUUUGCUGAGGUCAACAGCGAUGUGGUGUUCUAUUCCCGGAGUAAAGACGGCACCAUGGAGCCGGUCAAAGUGAACCGCACUCAUGUCGGCCGCAUGGUCCUGACCAAAACUCCAGGAGACGUGACCCGACGCGACAUCACCGAUCAGUACAAGUUUUCUGAAGGCAGUACAGAGGAGCGGACUGUCCUGGAGAAAGCGGAGGAAUACGGCUGUAAACGAGAGAAGUCCGACCCUCCUGUGGCGGACGUCGACCUGGUCCUGCCAACCCUGGAGAUCAGCGUGGGCGAUGACUUCGAGCUGAGCCUGGAGUUCAUAAACCGCAGCGACCAGCGCCGUACCGUGGACGUCUACAUCAGCGGGAGCGUGGUGUAUUACACCGGAGUCACCAGCGCCGAGUUCCUGUUCAGGACCCCCACAGUGACUGUCGGCCCCCAAAAAACUGUUAAGGAGAUGGUGAUGGUGGAGUCAAAGAGCUACAUGAAGCGUCUGGUGGAACAAGCCAACCUCCACUUUAUUGCCACCGGGAAGAUCCAAGAGACCGGCCAGAUCGUCACAGCGAUGAAAGUCGUCACCCUGCGCAAUCCCAAACUGAUCGUUGAGGUGACUGGCGGAGGCAAAGUGAGUGAAGAGAUGAUGGCGACCGUGGAGUUUACAAACCCCUUCACCUUCAACCUUGAGGGCGUCUACAUUCGCAUGGAAGGGCCUGGAGUCAUGAUGCCCAAGCUGAAAUAUUACAGUCUGAUCCCAGCAGGCUCCUCUCUGACCUGGACCGAGUUCUUCACCCCGCACCGGGCUGGAAAGACCAGGGUGAUCGCUACUCUGGACUGUCCUGCUCUCAGGCAGGUCCACGGCCAGGCGACGGUCACGGUCAAUGCCUGAAGGUCCUGAAGGAUCACUGACGUCCAGCAGCUUCAGCUACACUUCAGCCUGAAUAUGGGCCUAUAACACACUUCUGUAGCUGUAGGUUAUACAGUAGCUUUAGCAUUUACAAUAACAAUGGUGAUAGUUUUAAAAUGCUGCAGAGCUGAUAUAUUUAGGGGAGGCAAGUUCAUGAAGAAAGAUCUCAGAAAAUUUUAUAGUUUUCAUAAAGAAGAAUAACACUUUUAAGCUCAAAAGUUGAGAGCAUUUUAAUUUUAAAGCUGCAUUAGUUCAUCAAUUAUUGGCAACUAGGAGCCAGAAUAGCCAAAAGAACCACACCUCCAGCCUUGAUGUGUUAUCGCAGGGAAACUUUAUCAUCCAGUGUCCAAUUUUCUCGUGUUUGGUUAUAGUCCACGGCUAAUUUCUUACUUUAUCUCAGCUGGCACAAUGGAGUUAUGAGAUAUGUUUCCCGAAAAUGACUGACCCAAAUUAUGAAAGUGUGCCAUAAAACCAAAACAACAGGCUAAAGGUUGCUAAAAAAAAAAAGCUCAGUAGAUCUACAGAGUUGAGUGAUUAUUCUCUGAGGAUAUGAGCGACUCUCGCUUUUGAAAUAGUUUAUGCUCAAUACAGAUUAAUCCAACUUUAACUUUGACACUUCAGCUGUUUUUGACAUUGACUCCUACAAUGCAGCGGAUAUUCAGUUAAAGUGUCAGUGUUUCUUUAAGUGUUUUUUCCAGCUUUGUGCAAGAAUAAAUGCAAAUAUCAACCGAAUAAAGGAUUAACAACUGCA